AUGUCUUGCCAAUUUGAUAUCUACAGUGAAUUUGCUCGUUAUAACACCAUUCUACAUAAAAUGAGGUAUCGCAAGAAAGAAACUACCCAUCGGCGAAAUGGCCUUCCAGCAACGCGCACGCCAGAAAGAAAAACCAACAAAAACAUAAACAACAACAUCAACAAUAAAAGCAACAACAAAACCUGCAGAAAUAAAAAUAGCAAAAUAAAUAACAACAAUAAUAAUAAUAAUUACAACAAUAACAAUACACACAUAGGCAACAGCGAGAGAAGCACCCGCGGCAACCACAACAAUUCCCAUAGCAUUAAUAGCGGCAAAAACACAAGUAAUGUCACCAAUAAGACAAACUUGGCCAACAACAAUGGUAUUACUGCUGUUAACAUUAAGAACACCAACACUAGUAGAAAGUGCAACGAGCUUGACAGCACCCUCAACAGUACGAGGAGCAAGGCGAAUACCAACGCGAGUUCGACCGCCCGAGACGGCGACGGCAGAGGUGGCGCCGGCGAGGGGGCGGAGGGCGGAGGCAACGACGCGGGCGAGGAGGCGUGGCCAUGCCCCACCCCGUGCCCCACGCGCUGCUCCAGCCUCGACGAAGAGAGCACGUUCGAGUUCCGCCAGGCCACCAUUAACGCGGCCAUCAACACCGCCAUGGACCGGGUGAAGACCGUCGCCCAGGAAGGAGCCAGGGCCGUGCUGUUGAAGACAAUUGUUCAAGUGAAGGCUGAAGAAAUAAUAGGAUUUUCCCCCAACAUUCUGUAUUUUGCGGUGCCCCAGAGGGAGAGAUAUAAAGAAAUGGAGAAGAAGAUGGAAGAUAUUCAGGAAGCGGUAAAACCAAAUGCGAAAGAAGAAAUCAUAAAUAAGACGGUGUCGCAAGAGAUAGAGGUGAAGGAAAGAGAUAGUGAAAGUAUCGAAUUGAAGGGAAAAGAUGGAAAGACUAACAUAAUUUCGGGGAUGAUGCAAGAUCGUCUGUCUCGUGUUGCCAUCUCAUUACCUGACGGUGCAAAGUCUCAGUUCCUAAAAAUACGCCAAUGGCACGUUAACAAGAAAGGACAUCUUGUGCUUGACUGUUCUCUACCACUCGUCGGUAACGGAGGUGCAGUCAAAAAGGAGGUACGAAGCCGUAAAACUAGCAUCAAGCAUCUGGCUAAUGCUGAUGUUAGCCAUUUGGAGUCUGCUAACGUAAGCACGCGGCGGAGGGAGAGUUGCUGGCGGCGGCCCUGCUCCGUGCUGCGCGCGCUGGCGACCGCGCUGCGCUUACACAAGCCGCCCAUCUGCGCGGACUGCGCGCUGCGCCACGGCGGCGUAGGCACGAGUGACGCCUUCGAGGACGGCUCAGUCUCGGAGGACGAGCGCCAGCCCGCCGCCAACACCGACGCGCCAAGGAACACGCGCAAUGUGACAGUAUAUCAGACAUCCCAGAAGCGGUACGAAUGGGAUGAAAAGGAGACGGAAGGAAGCGAAGACGAGACCAGAAAUAAGCCUUGGACCGGGAGGUCGCGGAGCCCCACAGCCCCGCCCCGCAAGAGCGCCAUCUUGGUGGACACGGGCUGCGACCCGCGAAGCGCCGAGGCGCACAGCCGCACUCCGCCGACGCCGACGCCGACGCCGACGCCGACACCUUCGCCGGUGGAGGUCGCCCCCUGCACGUGCCCCGACGCAGCCUUUGGCACUGGGAAGACCCGUGACUGGCUGGAUGACUCUGCGAAGAACGACGCCAGCCGCGACAAGGCAAGACACGCUUAA